AGUUCAUUCCCCUGCAACACAUGACAUUUCACACAAGACAAAUGACAUUUACCCAAAACAAAAAACGGGAAUUUUUUUUCUCAGAACCUUUUUCAGUGCAAACAAAACAACAAAUUAUUCCAUUGUGAUAUAAAAAAUGACAACGGCCGGGAGUGUUCAUCAUCGCGGUAGAAAAAAUGUAAAUAGAGGCGAUUACACCCGCAUCAUCGAUCCAUCAACUCAUGACACAGCCGAUGGAAUUUCUGCUGACCAAUUCGAUGUUGAACCGGAGAGAAAAAUCCCGUGGAAACAAAUGUUUCUUAUAACAGGAUUUAUGAUUUUUGGUGGAAUUUCAAUCACACUCAGUAUUCUCAUAUCAGCCGGUUAUUUUGAUGCAAAAUAUGAAGAUCGUGUUUGGCCACUUUUAAUGCUCGGAAUAUUAAUGUUUAUUCCUGGAGGUUAUUAUGGAUACAUUUUAAUAUGUAUUCUUUUUAAAAAAGACGGCUUUACUUACGAGGAUAUUCCUAUUUUUUAAUAUUUUUAUAAAUUAAAUUUUUUUUUAUGUGCAAUUAAUAAACAUUUUCAAUUUUA